AUGGCGGACGAGGUGGAGCAGCCACAAACCACAAAUACUGUAGAAGAGCCCUUGGAUCUCAUCAAGCUUAGUCUUGAUGAACGAAUUGAUGAAAAAAUGAGAAAUGACCGAAAACUUCGAGGCAGAUUAUUUGGUUGUUACCAGCACUUAAAUAAGAUUUUGG